AUUUGUCCACAUCCAGAGCGUUCGGUGCACGUAGCUGGUCGGUGUUUGUGCCUUGCUGUCAACCUAACGGAGAAGAUAACAUCCACCAGAGAUCACCAAGGGCUCUGGCCUCGCCGCCGCCGCCACCACCACCGCCACCGCUACUGCCACCGCCGCUUUAGGAAUUAGAAUGAUGAACGCAGGGGAUGAGUUUGACUACCUAUUGGAUGAGGGGGAGAUGGGAAAUUUCAUGGAUUAUGAUAUGGAUGGAGGUUUUUCUGAUGGAGGUGGAGGUGGAAGUGAUUCAGAAGAUGAUUAUGCUCUGCUCACUAGAGUGACUGAUACAUCUGCUGCACAAGCAAGGAGAGGGAGGGAUAUCCAAGGUAUCCCAUGGAACAGGCUUCAUAUAACCAGGCAAAAUUACAGAAAGACUCGUUUGGAGCAGUACAAGAACUAUGAGAAUAUUGCUUCCUCUGGCGAGCUGGUAGACAAGAAAUGUAAACAAAUGAACAAGGGAGGCAAUUAUUAUGAAUUCCUGUAUAAUACCAGACUGGUUAAGCCUACAAUCCUUCAUUUUCAGUUGCGAAACUUGGUAUGGGCGACUUCAAAGCAUGAUGUUUAUUUCAUGACAAACGCUUCUGUUAAUCACUGGUCUUCAACAUCUCGUGCUCUAACGGAGGUCUUAAAUUUUUCGGGACAUGUGGCUCCAGAUGAGAGGCACAAUGGGAGCUUGCUAGAAGGAUUUACACGAACUCAAAUAAGUACAAUAUCCGUCAAACACAAUUUGCUGGUUGCUGGGGGCUUUCAAGGAGAACUCACUUGUAAGCUUUUGGAACGGCAUGGGGUUAGUUUUUGUACAAGAACAACCUUAGAUGAUAAUGCAAUCACAAAUGCUAUUGACAUAUAUAAAAAUAUGAGUGGCGGUAUCCACUUCAUGGCAUCAAAUAAUGAUUGUGGUGUGCGGGAGUUUGACGUUGAGAGGUUUCAGCUCAUAAAUCAUUUCUGUUUUCCUUGGCCUGUGAAUCAUACAUCUGUUAGUCCAGAUGGCAAACUUGUUACUGUUGUGGGAGAUCAUUGUGAUGGAUUGCUGGUAGAUUCGCGAGAUGGGAAGGUUUUAUCGUCGUUGGUAGGCCAUUUUGACUAUUCAUUUGCUUCAGCUUGGCAUCCAGAUGGCCUCACUUUUGCCACCGGGAAUCAAGAUAAGACUUGCCGCGUCUGGGAUGUCAGAAACCUCUCAUCCUCCAUAGCAGUUUUGAAGGGUAAUCUGGGUGCUGUUCGCUCUCUUCAUUAUUCAUCCGAUGGCCAGUUUCUGACAGUCGCCGAGCCUGCUGACUUUGUUCACAUCUACAACACCAAAGUCGAUUACAAAAAGAGGCAAGAAAUAGACCUCUUCGGGGAGAUCUCCGGGGUCUCUUUGAGCCCAGACGAUGAGUCUCUCUUCAUCGGAGUGUGGGAUAGAGUUUAUGCCAGUUUGCUUCAGUAUAACAGAAAGCAUGCCUAUAGUUAUCUUGAUUCCUACGUUUGAUGCCUGAUAAAACUUGUCCUCAUGGAUGGUUUUUCCAAGUUUGUUGCCUUCAUCUUCUUAACUUAGGAUUUCCCAUGUUAUUUUCAGCUGAGAGGUUGUGAUAAAAUAGAUAAUUAUCAGUGAGAUUCAUACAUGUAAAUAGGCUAAAAGACUGUAUUGUAUUUUGGUGACGUUCUUUUUUUACUUAGUUACAAUAGCUUCUCUACCCAAAUAAAUUCAGAGUUUUCUUUUUAA